GCUGUAGUAGUUUUGAAAUCCUGCGCACUGCAGACGUAUCCUUCGUUACAGACGAGUUGCUGCGUUGGUUGUAUUGGUAAUUUUUGGGCGGGGUUCCGUUGCUGUGUCAAAGGGUAGCUGUAAAAACUUUUACAAACCCGGAGGAGGAAAUGAUUUCUUAGUAGCUAUAGUUUUGUUCAGUGUUGCGAAGAACGCUUGCAGAAGAAGCGUCUUUUUUGGAUUUUUCAUAGUGAAAUAAUGGCCUAUACUUAUAGGGCUCCACAGUUUAACGCACCAGUCGAUCAGAGUUUUCUUUGGAACGUUUUUCAGAGAGUUGAUAAAGAUCGUAGCGGAGUAAUAUCUGAUAGUGAACUACAGCAAGCCUUAUCUAAUGGUACUUGGACACCUUUUAAUCCAACCACAGUCAGAUCCAUAAUUUCUAUGUUUGACAGGGACAAUAAAGGAGGAGUAAAUUUCAAUGAAUUUGCAGGUGUUUGGAAGUAUAUUACUGAUUGGCAAAACAUCUUCAGAACGUAUGACCGGGACAAUUCUGGACUAAUUGACAAGAAUGAGCUAAGACAAGCCUUGACUGGGUUUGGCUAUCGUUUGUCUGACCAAUUUUAUGAUAUUCUUAUAAAGAAGUUUGACAGACAAAGAAGAGGGCAAGUUGCUUUUGAUGAUUUCAUUCAAUGUUGUAUUGUCCUUCAGAGACUAACUGAUGUAUUUAGAAGAUAUGACACUGAUCAAGAUGGCUGGAUUCAAGUUUCUUAUGAGCAGUAUUUGUCCAUGGUGUUCAAUAUUGUUUAGAAUAACUGACUAUUGUUAAAACUGUGCAGAAAGCCAAAUAAAUGUUUCCAAUAUUGAUAGAUUAUUUUUGUUUUGUUAGUCCACACUCUAAAAAAAUAAAUAUGGUAUCAUCAAAAAUAUAUAGUUUACAAUUUGUUCCAAUUCUACAAUUUACUUUGUUUUUUUGUUUAUCUUUAAAUGUUUUAUAACAUAUUUACUAAAGGACACAAGAAUGCUCUGUAUGUAUUUUAUGAUAAAUAUGGUAUGUUACCUUUUAAAAUUUUAAUCUUCAAGUAUAUUUUAGACUGGAAUCAAGGCAUUACUUUUUUAAUGUUCUGCAUUGUGCCUUAAAAUAUAUGCUUUGCUCAAAAUAAUAAAGUGGAUACUAUACUGUAAGAGAAAGUCAGAUUAUCAUAAAAUGUUUGGUUGUAUAUUAGUUGAUGAAAAAUGAACAGUACUAUUAAGUAAAUUGCAAUGGACUUUUUCAUGUUUUAUUUAGGCAGUCUUACUUGGGUGUGGCCAAGUUUGUAAUGCCUUGCCGCAGUUCAUUUGACUGAAGUAGGGUUACUGCUGUUUAACUUUGAAGAGCAAAAAGAUGGAUUUGUAAAGAAGAAAGUACAUUGUAUAUCUUUGUCGAAUCCUUAUGCAGAUUUACAGGAAUUCACUGAGCAAAGUCCAGAUCUGCACACUCCCUGUGCUUCAGCACAUUUACAGGCGAGUAUUAAAGUACUGUUUCCAUCUAUAGCAAGCAGAGCUGGAGUCCUGGCAUUGCAAGUCCACAUUCAACAGCACAGUCGUACUACUCCAGGCUCCCCAUUAACAGCCUGCUUCUGAAACUUGAGAUACACAGACUUGAAAAAGCUUUACAUCACCUUCUGAUGACUCUCUUGGGUUUAAUUUAUUCUUACACCAGAUACUACCAGAAUAAGCGGUGGCUCUAAACUGGUCUAAGCAGAUUUGAUAAUCGUAUCGCCACAAAGGCUAACAUUUUGGUGGUGGUUAGUUCCACUGAAAUCUAUGUAAAUCUGGAUAGACUACAAUAACUCCAGGAUGAUUUGAUUUUACUGUUGUUGGACCAUAGUGAAACGUAUUGGGAAAGAAAACACAGAGAGAGACCUUUAUCUUGGUAUUCAACCUGCAGAGUCCAACAAGUGUGGUGAAUUUGAAUGUUAAAGAACUAUAUUGUGGCAGUGUUCAGUGCAAUGGUGUCGCUGGCCAGCAGAUAUGUGAUGCUGAGUGCCCAGGCUGUAGGAGGUAGUCCUUAAUACAUCUGGUUUGGGCAAUUUUAUGGUCCACAUUGGAGCCUAGGAUCAGUUGUCAGGAGGGAUAUAAACUAUUCCUAAACAUGCUUACAGUGUCUAUGUAUGUUUAUUAUUAAUAAAGAUGUAUUUAAUAUG